CAAAUACACAAAUAUUAAUGCUAGGAAUAUAAAUUCUUCAAUAUUCUAGUAUUGGACUCUUGGAUUUCCAAACAAUUGACAGUGAUCAUAUAAGUGAUAUGGUUUCAAGACGUAGAAUUCUUUCCCGUUCAAGAGACGAUUUAAAUUUUGUAACUGUGACUCAGGAAGAAGAAGAAGAUGUUUGGUACCAGAAGGAAAAACUGUUCAGGGAACACAUUCAAGAAGUACUUGACAAAUGGACACAAAUUGAUGAUGAGAUUUGGGCAAAAGUAAUUGUUUUUGAGAAAAAUCGACGUGUAGCGAAAGCUUAUGCUAGAGCGCCCGUUCUCACUAUUAAUGGAUCAGACGAUGGAUUCGACGGGAUGAGAAUUGGUCUUUGCGGUUUCGAUAAUCCCAUGAGGGAUCAAAAAACAUUGGAACAUAAAAUGAACAUAGGACAGGGAGUGAAAUUGAAAAUGGAUGAUAAUGGUAACAUACUGGCACGAAGGUAUUCAAAAAGUAAUAUUUUUGUAAAAGGCACGGGAAAUACUGCAGUUGAAACGAAUGCUAUAGGAAAUGAUGUAUUAAAGUCACCAUAUCAAGCACUUGAGCUCGAGAAAGUCAUGAAAGUCUUUGAUAUGCGAAAAUUUCAAUCAAAUGUCAACCGAGAAUUAAGCAGAUCAUACCCUGAUCGUCGCCAUCUAGAAACUCAAUGUUUAACAGUUCUUGCUUUCGUUAAAUCGGAGGAAGAUGUCCUUAAUUGUCCAAUUUGGGUACUUAUUGUUAAUGUUGUUGCCAUGGAUAUGUUAAAAAGUAAACUGCCCCAAGUUCAUCGGAUGUUUGAUAUGAAAAAUCGACCACGCAUUCCUUUACCAGAUGAAGAUCCUUAUGCUGUUGCUGCUGAAUUAGAAAGUUCUGCAAGUAGUGGAUUUGGAAAUGGAAUUUAUGGACACACAUCUCGCGAUCAAGCAUCCAUUCAUUCUAAAUAUCAUCAGACCAGACGCGAUAAUCCACCAAAGCUACCACCACGUGACAACAUUUAUGGUCAUCGUCACGAGUUUCACUCGAUAAGACCUGAUUACGAUGAAAUUGAAGAAAAAACUAAUAAGCUAAUAAGCAGAGGUAUGUCUGAAAAGGAGAAAAACCAUCAGAGGAAAUAUGAUGAUCCUUAUUAUUGUGGCUUGAGGGCUCGUGUUCCCAACUUUAAGAAGCAAAGAGAAAAAAAGAAGUCAAUCAAAGGUGAUGAAGAAAUUUAUGUUAGUAGUAAUGCGAGUCGAAUGCAAAGAGAUCCACCACAAAAACGGAAAUCAAUUUCUCAUCGAGAUCGAUAUCAACCUUCUUUCUCUUCACUUUAUCAAUUGAAUCAAAUCAAUGAUCCAAGAUCAACUUUAUAUCAAAGACUGCAUCAUCAUUCUCACAACAUAAUGCCACCAGCAUUCCCAAGACAGUCAAUGUGGCAAGCAAGGAGUUACGAGAGUGGAAUUGAUUCAGAGAUAAGCAUUGAAAAAAUGGUUUCGCGACGCAAAAUACUGAAUCGCUCUAGAGACAAUUUAAAUAUCGAUAUGGAGGAAGAAGAUGUUUGGUAUCAAAAAGAUAAAUUGUACAAGGAGCAUAUUCAAGAAGUUCUUGAUAAAUGGACUCAAAUUGAUGACGAAAUUUGGGCGAAAGUGAUUGUUUUUGAGAGAAACCGACGUGUUGCCAAGGCGUACGCACGUGUUCCAGUUCUGACAGUGAAUGGAUCAGACGAUGGUUUCGAUGGAAUGAGAAUUGGAUUAUGUGGAUUUGACAAUCCGAUGCGUGACGCCAAAACAGUAGAAAUGAAACGACAGAUUGGUCAGGGAGUUAAAAUAAAAAUGGACGAUGCUGGGAAUAUUUUAAUCAGACGAUAUGGUAAAAGCAACGUCUACAUUAAAUCAACUGCGAGUACAUCCAGCGAUGAAACAGUCAUUGGAACGGAGAUUCUAAAAUCUCCUAAUCAAAGUCUUGAAGUUGAGAAAGUUUAUAAGAUUUUUGAUAUGAAGAAAUUUCAAUCGAACGUUAAUCGUGAGCUUAGCCGUGCAUAUCCUGAUCGACGUCGUCUCGAAACUCAAUGUUUAUCAGUCAUUAGCUUCGUAAAAUCAGAGAAUGAGAUUUUGGAAUGUCCUAUUUGGAUAAUGAUCAUUAAUGUGGUUGCCAUGGAUAUGCUUAAAAGCAAAUUACCCCCAGUUCAACGUCAAAUUGAUAUCAAGAACCGCCCACGCAUUCCUAUUCCAGAUGAGGAUCCGUAUAGUGAAGCUGCUGCCAGUAGUUCUGGUGGAUCAGGUUUAGAUGCUUCAGCUUCAACAAGUGAAGGGAAUGAUGAAAGAGAUAUCUCAAAUAUCGUUUCGGCUUCAAGGGAACAGGCUUUAAUGCAAUCACAACAAGUGGGAAAUAAAAGAAACGAAAAGCCUCCGAAGUUACCACCACGAGGCAACAACUACAAUCAAUCAAUGAGACCCGAUUACGAUGACGUUGAUGACGAACAACGUUUGAUUAUUUUCGGUCAAGGAAAGUCCGAUAAAGGAAAAAACAGGGGAAAAUAUGAUGAUCCUUAUUAUUGUGGCCUCCGUGCCCGAGUUCCUAACUUCGCAAAGGCUAAUGGAAAAUCUAGUGGAAGCGGAAGUGAAAAGAAAACAAGUUUCUUCAGUAAGAAAGAUAACAAGCCGAAAGAAAAAGAAUCGAAAGAUGCUUCACAAAAACCUCGAUUUUCAUAUGCACAAAUGCCACAUCCAGCUUCAUUUUCCACUUUAUAUCAGCUUCAUCAAAUGCAAACGAAUGGUGUUGGAACUGUCAGUAAGAAAGCAUCGUAUCAUCGCCAUAGCUCACAGCCAGAACCAUACAAUUUAUGGCUUGCAAAAAGCUACGAGAGUGGAAUAGAUUCUGAUCUUGGACCACAACACUCGAUUUAUGGAAGACUCCCAACACCUGCUCGAGGAUAUGUUCCUGUUGUGCCAAGAACAAGAGUCUUUGUUGGAGAUUGGGAAUAAAGUUUUGAAAGUCACAAGAGAGAGAAGCAUCAACAUUUACCUUAAAAAUAUAUUCGUGUGAUGUGAUAUCUAAUGAUAUGCCUAUGUAUGAUGAAUGCGAUGAAAUUGAAGAGAGAAAAUAAUGAAUAGAAAGCUUUUUUUGAUCAUUUUCAAAUUAUUGCAUAAUGAGGGGAAUGUUGGAACUACUGAAACAUUUUUAUAUGUAUUUGUAAUCAAUUUCUUUUUGAUAAUUUAAAAUUGUAAUUCGGCAUAAUUAGUCCUCUCUUUGAAAUGAUAUUUUCAAACUUUUUUUUUAACAAAACAACAAAGAGAUUUCAAUUAUUUAGAAAAAACUUUUACAAAUAAUUUUUACCAUAGACAAAGAUAUUGAAAAUUUAAGAAAACAUUUUUAUAGUUAUUAAUUAAUACAAUUGUUUUGAACUACAACCUUGAAGAUUAAAAGUUUUAAUAAUAAAGAUCAAUAAUAUGCAUAAAAGAA